UAAACUUUUUUUUUAAAAAAGUUCUUCACGUGGAAUGAGGCGCGGACGCAGCUGAAGUGGUGAUCUUUAUAUCGCAAUCACAUGGCCUCCCCUUGACCGACGACCGUCCGGACCCUCACGAAAAUCCUGUUUCUCAAUGGUUCACCACAGAAACGCCCCUCCAACGUCUCUCACUCUGUAAGUUCCUCGCGUCACCGCCAUGACAGCCGCUCCAGACGCCCCCUGCCUGUCGGAGAUGAGUGGACUCUCCAACAGGAACAUCAGCCUCAUCUCCAGACCUUGCAACCGGAGCACCGCCAGGACCUCGCCUUACACCCCGCAAGCCACCGCAGCCUUCGCCAUCGCCAUCACCUUCAUGAUGAUCCUCACCAUCGUCGGGAACAUCCUGGUCAUCAUCGCUGUCCUCACGUCCCGAUCCCUAAAGGGGGCUCAGAACCUGUUCCUGGUGUCGCUGGCUGCAGCAGAUAUUUUAGUGGCCACGCUCAUCAUCCCGUUUUCGUUGGCCAACGAGCUGCAGGGCUACUGGGCUUUCAGCUCCAUCUGGUGUGAAAUCUUCCUGGCGCUGGAUGUUCUCUUCUGCACCUCCUCCAUCGUGCACCUGUGCGCCAUCGCUCUGGAUCGCUACCUGUCCAUAUCUCGGCCCGUAACCUAUGGCGCCAAGCGUACUCCAACCCGAAUCAAAGCUGCCAUUAUCGUAGUGUGGCUAAUCUCCGCGGUCAUCUCUUUUCCUCCGCUUCUCACACUGGACAAGAGCGAAGGAGGUGAAGAGGUGUGCGAGCUCAACAACGAGCGCUGGUACAUCCUCUACUCCACCAUUGGCUCCUUCUUCGCCCCCUGCGUGAUCAUGAUCCUGGUGUAUGUGCGGAUUUAUCAGAUAGCUAAGCAGCACACACGCUGCCCGCCUGGACAGAAACACAAAGCGGCAGCAGGAGCCGGAAAUGCCAACGCGGGAACCAAUGAGCUUCCGCCGAAGUUAUCCAAGCAGUCGCAAGAGAACGGGGAUCAAGGAGGUGCGACGGCCUGCCAACAAAAUAAAAUCCCGACCAAAAUCUCUGGCUCUGAUUCAACGCUGUCAUCACUUCAAAACCUGCCCGAGAACACCACGAGCCAGGACACUCAGCACCACACGGCUAAUUCCAGUGUGGCUCCCGUCCAGAAAUCUGCCUCCUCCCCAUCAAUCCCCCAAAGAGGCGACCAAAUCCUCUCAGCUGUUCCCCACAAAGACUCCCAAACACAUCCUGUCAAAGAGGGGGAGGCGCUCCCGGACAACUCGUCCAGCUCUGGCUCUGACAUGUGCGAGGAAGGCAAAGAAGAGACGAACAAGACCGGCGAGCAGACUUUGUCUCAAAAGACAGGGUUCAAAGUUCAGAUGCUGAAUCUAGCAUGCAAGUACAAAAACACAAUGGCCACAUCGUCGGGCAUCAAACUGGCAGCAGAGGAAAAGGUUCAGGGGACACCCAUAUCCCGCCGCAAAGCGAUGAUGAACCGGGAGAAGAGGUUCACCUUCGUGUUGGCCGUCGUGAUGGGAGUGUUUGUGAUCUGCUGGUUCCCUUUCUUCUUCUCGUACUCGCUUCAGGCGGUGUGCCCCAAGACCUGCAGCAUCCCCAACCCUUUGUUUAAGUUCUUCUUUUGGAUCGGCUACUGCAACUCCUGCCUGAACCCCGUCAUUUACACCAUCUUCAACAACGACUUCAGGAAGGCCUUCAAGAGGAUACUGUGCAGGGACACAAAGGGUACGUUCUUCUAGAAAGCUGUCGGGCAGAAAAGACACUUUAUCCGAAACACUUUGUUUCUUUCCGACCCGGAUUGACCUUCUCCGGCAUUAACGCUCGUACAUUAGCAGGAAAUUGCGUCUCUUCUCCUUUGUGUGUCGGCUGAGUCACGCCGACAAAGAGGGAGAUUUCAGAGAGCCGCAGUCAAGUGGCCGAAUCAAUUAUCUUUAAUGUUAUUUAAGAAUACGGUGUAAUUGCAUAUUCAAUUACUCCGAAGACGAUGUGAUUUGAUAAUAUUUUGAAA